AUGUCGUCUUCAGAGACCACGACGACUACGAGAAAGAGGAAGUCACGAGCUGUUGAGACUCUUGCACAGUGGAAAGAGUGUAAUGUUGACACCAAACGAUCUGGAAAACUUCAAGCCAUUGGGUCUAAGAAAGGAUGCAUGAAAGGCCAGGGAGGGCCUGAGAACUCACUAUGCACUUAUAGAGGAGUAAGACAAAGGACCUGGGGCAAAUGGGUUGCAGAAAUCCGAGUGCCAAACGGGGGGAAUCGGCUCUGGCUCGGUACUUUUACAAACUCUUUGGAAGGUGCCCGUGCUUAUGAUGAAGCUGCGAAGAAAAUGUACGGCCCUCGUGCUCGCCUCAACUUUCCUGCAGGGUUGGGUUCAACGACUACAUCAAACUACCCUGAAAGCAUUGCUACAUCUUCUGCUGUUGAGGACAGAGCUGAUUCUCAGCAUUCAGUAGUUCCUGAAAUACAGGAGGAUCUUCCUUUGAUGGAUGAUGAUGGAAUGUUUGAUUUGGACAGCAUUCCAGAGCUUUUCAACGAUGAUUACUUUGAAAAGUUGGGAUCAUUUUUCGACGAUGGUCAAUUGGGGUGUCUUGAUGUCGACCAGUGUAGCAAGGCAUCAUCAUAUGUGCGGUCUUUGCUGUUCAACGAUGAUUUCUUUGAAAACAUGGGAUCAACGACUACAUCAAACAACUCAGCGGUCUUUGCUGUUGACGAGAGCACACCUGUUUCCCCCAACUUGUGGAAUGAGGAUGUAGAAAGCAUUGCAUUUGCUGAUAAUGAAGCUGCAUUUGAGGACAUCGCCCAUAUUUCUCCUAAUGUGCAGAAUGAGGCUGGGAAAGAUGAUUUCUUUAAAGACAUGGAAUCAUUUUUCGACAAUGUUAGUCAAUUGGGUUUCGACCAAUGUGGGAAGCCAUCAUCAAAUCUUACACAGAGUUGGGACUUGGCACCUUCCGGAGUUAGUUAA